GACUUUUUGGUCCAGUCUUAUAUUCAACACACUUUAGUUACAGAAUAUUUUAUUCUAAGUCUCAAAAAUGGCCUCAAAAGAUAGAUUAAUGAUUUUUCCAUCUAGAGGAGCCCAAAUGACGAUGAAAUCCAGGCUAAAGGGAGCCCAAAAGGGACAUAGUUUAUUAAAGAAGAAAGCUGAUGCUUUACAAAUGAGAUUUAGAAUGAUUUUGAACAAAAUUAUUGAGACUAAAACUCUUAUGGGUGAAGUAAUGAAGGAAGCUGCUUUUUCUUUAGCUGAAGCGAAAUUUGCUACUGGUGACUUCAAUCAAGUUGUUCUUCAAAAUGUCACCAAGGCUCAAAUAAAAAUAAGAACUAAGAAAGACAAUGUUGCUGGUGUUACUUUACCAGUUUUUGAAUGCUACCAAGAUGGUACAGAUACAUAUGAGCUGGCUGGUUUGGCUAGGGGAGGUCAACAAUUGACAAAACUAAAGAAGAACUAUCAAAGUGCUGUUAAACUAUUGGUUGAAUUAGCUUCUCUGCAAACUUCUUUUGUAACACUUGAUGAUGUAAUCAAAAUAACCAAUAGAAGAGUCAACGCCAUUGAACAUGUUAUCAUUCCAAGAAUAGAGCGUACUUUGGCUUACAUCAUAUCCGAACUGGACGAGUUGGAAAGAGAGGAGUUCUAUAGAUUAAAGAAGAUCCAGGACAAAAAGAAGAUACACAGAGCAAAAGUCGAAAAACAAAAACAGGCUCUUCUCGCGGCUGGGCUACUUAAAGAGUCCCAGGCAAAUAUGCUUUUGGAUGAGGGCGAUGAAGAUCUACUUUUCUAAAACAUCAAACGUAGCGUAAAGUGUGGUUCUGUACAUAUGAAUAAAUAUAUAACGCUAACUUGUUUUUAGAUGGUAACUGUUUAUUUUUCGCAUUAAGUAAUACAUUUUUAAAAAAAUAUCUUAAUCUUUAACUUGUCUGUAUUGUUAUGAAUAAAUAGUAAAAGAUAUUAUAGCAACCCGUAUAUUUCCAAUAUAAAUAACUUCAUACUUUUUAUUAACUUCAGUUUUUAGUAUUUUAAUACAAUAUUUAGCACAACUUGCAAUACAAUUCGAAGUGAAUAAAAGUUGCGAAAAUUAAAAAAGUACCAAAUAUUUUUCUUAAUAUUGAACGCAUAUUCCAGAAUAGUAUUAUAAAAGUUUUGAUUGAAAUUCUUGUACGUGACACUAUGAACUCGUAGAUUUUAGAGAAAGCAGCUUUUUCGAUGGAAAAUGCUUUAUUGAUAUGGGAACUAGAUAAUGUAAAUACUUGUUAAUAUACUAUGAACAGAAAAAAUAGUUUAUUCGUGACUUUCAAAUUGAUUUUCAUAAAAUAUAUACAUGGCCUGUAAAUUGUUGGUUAGAAAUAAAACUCUGUUC